AUGUGCAACAGCAAGGAAGCUGAAGAUAUUCUAUUAAAAAUUCUAAAUGAUUACAAAAGGAUUAUGAAAGAAUGGAAUCAUACAAUUAAGGAUCAUUAUACAACUGUAUCACAUAAAAAAGGAUCAACAAUUUGUCGCAGAAUCAACACCGAUAAUAACUUUCGAAGCAUCAAUUCAACAAUGACGCGUAAACGCAAAAGAAGUUUAAAAGCUAUGAACGAUUCACAUUACAAAUAUCCAUAUACUAUUGGAAACUGCCAAAGAUAUGUAAGCCACGAUCGUAGAAGAAGCCAAAAGAUUAGAAGAACAAGUACUUUCAGUAAUUGGACAAAAUCUUUUAAAAAUUUUAAAAGGAAGCUUAUGAAUAACAUUGAUACAUCUUACGAAUGUGAAUGCUUAGAAAGUAUUUAUGCUGAUUACGACAGACGUCUUCAAGAGUGGUGUGACACAAUUAGCCAGUGCACGUCUCUUAGCUCGGUAAACUUUUAUAGGAUAUCUUGUAUCGUUUUGAAUCGCGCUCAUAUAUCCUUUACUAUCCUAAUAAAAUAAGAUUCACCUUUUCUGAUAAAUGAAAAAAAAAUAAACUAAAUACUAGUGCAUCAUUCAAAAAAUCUAAUCUAUGUCAAUUUUUUUAUGGGGGUCGUUAAGUCGUCUCG